UUCACCUUGAACUGAUACCUGUUUUUUGUAUGGUUUUUAUUUCUGUGUGAAAAUAUUUUUUUUCCUUUGGUAGUUCUUCCGUGUUCGAAAACAAUUCAAUUUCCCUUCAGAUUUUGUUCAAACAUUCUAUGCAAAUACCAAAUAAAUCAUAUUUAAACCAUAACACCAAUAUCAGCAGCAGCAAUAUGGGUGAAAUGCCAACACCAGCUCUUGUUUUGCCCGUAAUAUUGAGACCUAUAUUGGCACAGUUGGAACGGCGUGAUGUGGGAGCUGCCCAGUCACUACGCUCAUCAAUUCUAAAAACAGAACAAAAUAAUCCAGGAUUUUGUUAUGAUUUUAUUAUGGCCAUUGUCCGAAGGGCAGAACUGAAUGUAAAUCUGAAUGAAUGUGUACUGAGAUUACAGGGAAAUCUACCAGAAACCGAUUUAAAUGAAUAUCGUUUAACACGCACUGAAGAACCAUUCCAGGAAUUAAAUCGCAAAUCAGUGGCACUUAAAGUGAUCUUAAGCCGUAUCCCAGAUGAAAUCCAAGACAGAAAAACAUUUUUGGAAACUAUAAAAGAAAUUGCCAGCGCCAUCAAAAAACUACUGGAUGUUGUCAAUGAAAUUGGAAAUUUUAUACCCGGUGUGACUGGCAAACAAGCUGUCGAACAGCGUAAAAAGGAAUUUGUGAAAUAUUCGAAAAAGUUCAGUACAACACUAAAAGAAUAUUUCAAAGAAGGACAGCCCAAUGCAGUAUUCAUAAGUGCCCUGUAUUUAAUACGACAAACAAAUCAAAUAAUGCUAACGGUUAAAAGUAAAUGCGAGUAGAACAAUUUUGUGCUAAAACUAGUGGCAUUUUUUAUAUAAUUAUUAAUUUUUUUAUUAUUACAAAUUAACUAUUUUAUUAUUGAAACAAGAAGUAUAAUUGUAUUAUGAGAUCGAACUUAUUUUCCAAACUAACACACACACACACACCAACAUACUUUUCCUAAAACCAAAAACGAAAAAUUAAAAAAAAAAAACAAAAACAAUAGAAGACAGAAUGGACUUAGUUUAAAUUGAAAUUUAAUUUUGAGAAGCAGCUGCGGCGGCAAAAUAAAAUACAUGUUUUCAAAAUCAGUGAAUUGUUAAUUUCUGUCAAAGGCAAAACGAGAAGAACAUAAAUACACAUAUAGAAAAAAAAAAUGUUAGUUUUGCAGUAAGCCAACAAACAAAUAAAAAACAAACAAAAUAUUUAUUAUUUAUAUAACAAACAGUUUACGAAACGUCUUUAAAUCCUUGUGUUUACUCAAAUUGUUUAUUAUGUAGUUUUAGGCAUAUUUUUGAAACAUAAACCGUGAACAUUUUUAAAAUAGCAAUAAUAAAAAUAAAAAAAAAAACAAAAUAUCCAAAUCACAAACAACAUCUUAUACAAAUGUAAAUAUGAAUUAUUUCGUUUUUCCCAAUAUUAUUUGUUGUUGUUUGAAACUUUUUUCUUCAUCCUUUUUGUUAAAAAAGAAUACAAUUCCAAUUCAAAAUUAAUUAGACUUUCCCCUGUUUAAAUCUAAGCCAUCAUUGGUUAAGACAAAAAAAAAAAUGAAACCAUAAGAAUGAAUACAAAACUGUAUUAAAACUAAAAAAACAAACUAAUUAUUAACUCAAUUAUUCUUAUUAUAUACAUUUACAUGUAGAAAUAUAUAACUGAAAUAUGUAUUUCAUUAUUUUGUUUUAUUUUUUUUAUGUUAAACAAAAACUAAAAGAAAAGUACAUAACAAAAUUGAUAAAGACAAAUAAAUAUCUAUUUAUAAUCAAA